CCGAGGUCUUCCUGCCCAGGGGCACCAUGGCUUGGCCCCGCAUUUCCAGCACUACCAUGGCCGUCCUCUUCCUGGUCCAGACGGGCCUCCUGCUCUACCUGUAUUCGCACCACAACCACCUGCUGCCCCCGUUCAGGGAGAAGCCGGCCCACGUCCACGUGCUGAUCCUGUCUUCCUGGCGCUCGGGCUCCUCCUUUGUGGGCCAGCUCUUCAGCCAGCACCCGGACGUCUUUUACCUGAUGGAGCCGGCCUGGCACGUGUGGGUGACCCUCUCCCAGAGCAACGCCGAGGUGCUCCACAUGGCCGUGCGGGACCUGGUGCGCUCCGUCUUCCUCUGUGACAUGAACGUGUUCAGCGCCUACCUGCCCUGGUACCGAACCCUGUCGGACCUCUUCCAGUGGGCCGUCAGCCGGGCCCUGUGCUCCCCGCCGGCCUGCAGCGCCUUCCGCAGAGAGGACAUCACGAGCGAGGCCGCCUGCAAGAGCCGCUGUGGGCAGCAGCCCUUCCAGGCCCUGGCCAAGGCCUGCCGCUCCUACAGCCACGUGGUGCUCAAGGAGGUGCGCUUCUUCAACCUGCAGGUGCUCUUCCCGCUGCUGACCGACCCCUCCCUCAACCUGCACAUCAUCCACUUGGUCCGGGACCCGCGGGCCGUGCUCAAGUCCCGGGAGCAGUCGGCCAAGGCCUUGGCGCGGGACAACGGCAUCGUGCUGGGCACCAACGGGACCUGGGUGGAGGCCGACCCCGGGCUGCGCGUGGUGCAGGAGGUGUGCCGCAGCCACGUGCGCAUCACCGAGGCGGCCCUGCACAAGCCGCCGCCCUUUCUGCGGGGCCGCUACCGCCUGGUGCGCUUCGAGGACUUGGUGCGCAACCCGCUGGUCGAGAUCCGAGGCAUGUAUGACUUCGCCGGCCUUCGCCUCACGCCGCAGCUGGAGGGCUGGAUCUACAACAUCACGCACGGCCGGGGGCCUGGUCAGCUUCAGGAGGCCUUCAAGAUCACCUCCCGGGACGCUCUCAACGUCUCCCAGGCCUGGCGCCAAGCGCUCCCCUUCCCCAAGAUCCACCGGGUACAAGAGCUGUGUGCCGGGGCCCUCCGCGCGCUGGGCUACCGGCCCGUUGACUCUGAGAAGGAACAGAAGGAUCUCGCUCUGGAUUUAGUGCUUCCCCAGGGAAGGAGCAAGUUCAGCUGGACCUCCUUUGCGUCUUCUGAUGCGCGAGAAAAGUAGGACGCAAAGCCCGUCUACACUUCCUGGGCCCUGGGAAGCUUUUCCUUAUGCACGUUGUAAAACCAUCCGCUACCUGGAGCGUUCCCUAGUCGCCUAAAUGGAAGGAGGGGCCGCCUGGGAGAGAAAAGCUGGGUGAUCUCAACAGUAGAAGAGGAUUUCCCCACUAAUACUCAGAUUUGCUGAUGCGGGGAACAGUUUUAUACGGAUAAUACCCAAUUGAUAGGGUUUUUUUUUUAAAGUUUCAAAGCACCAUUGAUUUUUCUCUCUUUACUAUAAUUUUUCUUUGGCUUCUUUUUAGUGGAGCAAAUCUUUUAUUUCCUUCCUACCAGUCCUCAUCCCCUUUUUCCUGUUAUCUUUUGAUAACCUGGCCAACCUAUCUACCUAUAGCAUGGGGAGAGGGGGAGGGAAUGAGUUAUAUGAUGCACCACCAGCUGCCUCUAUAAAAGUUAU